AUGCCGCGCCCUGCAAAUCGACAGACGUCCUGCGUGCUACUGUACGGCGGCUACGGGUGGAACGCAUCGCUGGCACUGACACUAACGCAGUGGCCAGUGGUCAGGACGUCCAGCACGGAGGGACUUGUGUGCUGGAAGCGAAGCCGGGAGACCGCAGGCAACACGACGCAAUCCGGUCACGCACUGCGGCGGCAUCUUGGAUAUGCUUGGAUAUGGGGGCCAUGUCAUGGGACGGGAAGGGAACACACCAUCAACAAGUCGCAACCCAACCUCCAGAAACCCAUCGGAUCCCGGCCCAUGUCAGCCACAACCGCCCUCACCGUACUGCAUGUCCAUCAGGUACCACUUCACGAGCGAGCAGUUGCUUGCACGGGCGCCUGCCCCCCCAGCCAGCAGCGACACAGGCAAUGUUCCAUAGCGCCGACGGCGUCGCCGGGAGCCCGACUUUGCUUCCCCAUCCCAAUUUACAUCCCACGCACCCGAGGCGCCGAUGCCCCCGCCCAGGUCUUCUCCACAACUCCUUCGAGUAGCGCGGUGACGCCGGAACGCACCACGCUUCGCUCUCACUUUCGCGCCAUCGCGAGUCAACACCUCAUCGCGAGCCCGGCCGACCGGCCCAACGAGUCGGCUGCCGCCGUCGCUGCCAAGUCGCCCGCCGUUGGGAGUCGCCCAGAUAGCCAACGGCGUCGGUUGCCACACGGCCAACAUCCGUUGCGAGGGCGGGCGCCCAACUAGGCCACCUUGGUCGUCAGGGCUUGCAAUACGUGGUGGUGUGACCUGCCAGCUCUGUUCCCUGUCUCGAAGUGGCUUACAGCGAGGCUUAGGAUGCGAUUUGUGUCUGUCCGCGAUUUACUGUCCGGCAAGCAAUGACCUGCUGACUUGGGACUCACGGGCCGCUCGCUGAUCGAGUUGCGCCGAGGAAAACCACUACAGUUUUCCUCGGCCAACCCGCAGAUCAAUCCAGCAGUUCGUCUCCGGGUCUCCCUACCCGAGGGCCCGACUGAGCGUGCCUCGUCCGAAAGCUGUUCGGCCAAACCGCCAGGCGCCGCCCUCCGUCGUUGUCGCCAAGUUCAGAAUGCAAGCCCACGACGUUGUACGUGCCAUGCACGAGGCUCGUGAAGCCUGUCUUUUCCCCUGUCUUCUCCCGUCAUGUUUAGAGUCCGAGACUCUCGGCUGGCUGAGAAUGCCGCUGUCAGACUCGGAGAGCAAGACCUGACUCUUAAUCGGCCCGCUCGCGUCCCACGUCCGUCCCACGACAACCACAUUGAACCCUGCCC